AUGGAAUCCGGCCGCCUCAUUUUCGGUUCGGCCGCGCCGUGCCGCGCUGCCGGCGGCGGAGGAGGUCAGAUGAUGCUCUUUGGCGGCAGUGGGAGCUUCCUUGGAGGCUCGCCGGUGGUGGCCGGCGUGGAGGACGGGCGGCGUAAGAGGCCGUUCUUGACAACGGUGGACGAGGAGCUCCAGAUGGACGAGGAGAUGUACGGGUACUACGGCCUCGACGAGCACGCGCCCGAGAGGAAGCGCCGGCUGACGGCGGAGCAGGUGCGCGCGCUGGAGCGGAGCUUCGAGGAGGAGAAGCGGAAGCUGGAGCCGGAGCGGAAGAGCGAACUGGCGCGGCGGCUGGGAAUCGCGCCGCGGCAGGUGGCCGUGUGGUUCCAGAACCGCCGCGCGCGCUGGAAGGCGAAGCAGCUCGAGCAGGACUUCGAUGCUCUCAGGGCCGCCCACGACGAGCUGCUCGCCGGACGCGACGCGCUCCUCGCCGACAACCACCGACUACGAUCGCAGGUGACAUCACUGACCGAGAAACUGCAAGCCAAGGAGUCGUCGGAGCUAGAGGAGCGAACCGCCGUGUCAGGCACGGCAGAUGCCGGUGUCCCAGCCGUUGAACUGAAAGAAGGCUACGCCGCCUGCGAUGGCGCGGCGGGGCUGCUGCUGGCCGGUUUCGCCGGGGGAGCCAACGACAGCCCGGAGUCCAACUCUUACCUGGCCGACGCGCGCUCACCUCCGUCGUCCUCAGACGACGACUGCGCCGGAGCGGUCAGCGGCGAGCUGAACAGCUGCGCCCUCUUCCUCCCGGAGUACGCCAUGCUCGACGUCGCGGCCGCGGAGCGCGGGAGCGUCCAACAAGGGGAGGAGGAAGAGGAGGAGGCGCAGCGCAAGUACUGGGCGUGGUUCUGGAGCUGA